CUAAAUAAAAUACCCUAAAAUGGAUGCUGGUAUCCCAAAGAAGUUGGCUCCUACAAUCGGUAUUGCUGUUGACCAUUGUCGCAAGAACCGAUCUUUGGAGGGUCUUCAAACCAAUGUCCAGAGGCUGAAAACCUACAAGACUAAGUUGGUCAUCUUCCUGCGUCAUGCUCGCAAGGUUAAGGCUGGUGACUCUACACCAGAAGAGUUGGCUAAUGCUACCCAAGUUCAAGGAGACUACUUGCCUAUUGUACGUGAGAAGCCAACCAUGGAGCUCGUCAAGCUGACUUCAGAAAUGAAGUCCUUCAAGGCGUACGACAAGAUACGUCUUGAGCGCACGAACAAGAGACAUGCUGGUGCUAGAGCCAAGAGACCCUCCGAGGCUGAGGAAGAAGAGAAGAAGUGAGGUCCUUCUUCUUAGGUAGAAGAAACUUUUAUCUUAUCAACUUUUGGAACUGAAUUUUUGUGUAUCACACAUCUCCACUUACUAUAGUUUGCUAUUAUUUCGUAUGCUCCUUUUUCUUCCAAAGUCUCUACAAAUUUAAGCUUCAUGGGUAAUAAACAAUUCUAGGUCAC